CAGAUGUGGCCGAUGUGGAUAAACCAUAGAAAAAUAAAACGCUCUAGAUGUAAAAAAUGUACCAUAGAAAAACCAUAGAGAAAAACUAAAACGGCGCUACCAUAGACCAUAGGCAGCGAUAUUUGUAUCACUUAAAUAAGAAUUCGAUACUUAAAAUCGAAUGAUUAAAUUUUCGAUUGCUAUACUCACGGAACACCAAUUUGAAUCGCUGUUCUGUGACGAAUUACAUUCAUUCAUUAUUCAUUUUCUGUGUGUUGUGUGGUUGUGAGAUUUUCACAAUAAAAAUAAUAUGGCGACACCAUCAACUGCACUGCUGGAACGUCUCGAGAAACCAGGUAUUCCAAAAUCCAAAAGAAAACUACAGAAACAUCUACGCAGUGCAGGUUUAGCCUAUAUAUCACGCACAGGAAAAUUGAUACCAGCAAAGAAGGUGGCAGAUGAACUCUGUCAAUGUCCACACAAAUGUGAUUCCAGCGUGCCUUUAGAAGCGCGACAGCGCCUCUUCUCGCAUUUCUAUGGCCUCGGCGAAGCCGAUCUUCAAAAUAAAUUCUUGCGACAACAUAUGGAUCUUAGAGCCAGACUAAACGUUCCGGAAACUUCGAACUCAGGUCGACCACCGCGUCGUAUAACUUGCAAAUAUUUGGUGCCGCUACUACCGACUACCGACACCGUAGAGGUUUGCCAAAAGGCGUUCGUAAGCGCUUUCGUCAUCACCACGAAGAGAGUACGUUUACAAAGAGAGAAGUUGAUUGCUAGUCUUGGAUUGAACAGUUAUAGUAGUCAUAAUAGAAGCAAAAAUAACGCCAAUAAAUUGAUAAAAACGGAAAAUCUUGCCUUAUCAAGCGAACCAAACAUCUUGAACUACCUCUCGAUGCCCAUGAAACUGACUUUGAAGUUACCACACCAACAAGCCGAAACGACAGACACCGGGGGCGAAGAAUCCAAAGAAACUAAAGUGCCUUUACACAUCAACCAGAGAUCCAGACAUUUGAUCGAUAAUCCUCUGAUACCAUUUGGUAUACUUUUACCUGAAGGAGUCACUAUAGCGCCGGUCAUCGCUACAGCUGAUCAUGAUCGAGACAUCGCAAUAGUCCAUAAUUUCUUUUCUAAUCAAUUAUGGAAGCCCGAAUACAUCGGCGCUUAUUCAUGAAGAUUGAAACACUUGGUAAGUCGAUAUGCAAUGUGGUCAUUUUAAAAACAUCUGAUUAAGGUAUUUAAAAAAGAAAACAUGAA